AUUGGCAACGUUACUGAAUAACGAGGUUAUAACAACGUUGUGACAACCUUGUUCAGACAACAAACAACACCACCUUUUGACAACGUUGUAGCAACGCUGUAAGAAAGUAGACAGCGCUGUCACAAUGUUGUGUGUUUUUGUCAAUCUGUGGGUGAAGUGUCCAUCAUCUACUGUGUCCACUGUAAAGGUUAGUCCUGUGGCUGGAGGUGACCUUUACCACCAUCGGAGCCGUUUUUAGUGCCCAUUCCUGUAGGAGAAAUAGUGGCCUCCUCCUUUUCAUUUCAUCGUGUUCUCUUGGUUCAGCUCUGAUAUUGCUCACAACUCUCUUUCUCGAGCUUUUACACUUUAUUGCAGACCAAAAAUACAUGCUCCAAAAAGAAAGCAAAGCAGUCCAGAAGGUGAAACAGAACAGAAUUCAGUUACUACCCCCCCCCCCAAUAAAUAAAUAAAUAAAUAAACAAACAAACAGAACUUAAUGUGAAGGAUUCACUUGAUAUUGAGAAAGAAUUAGAUUCCAACUCAGUAGCUACAAGUAAAACUAUUAUGGCAUGAAUAUAAAACCAUCCUAAUUGUAGUUCAGUACAUGCAGCUGUUUGAAUGAAGGUCCUACCCACCUCCCACCUGACACACACACACACACACACACACACACACACACAUCUAAGGACUGGCACACAUUCCUCCAGUUCCUCAACACGUUGAGCAGCGCUGCACCAGCAGCUGACCGCUGCCACCAGCCGUGAACGACCAGGCUUCAGCUCUUCAGUCUGAAAUACUGCAGUUUUGUGGGAGAGAAAGAAAGAAAGAAAGACAGCAACGCGUUCGACACGCGGCUCGACCAUGUCGCCAGUCUCAGCCGGCUUUGGCGCGAGAUGAGCUCAAAGCGCUGCUGGGAUCCUCCAGCCGACAUGGAGGCGACUCCGGAGCCCCUGUGGUCCUCCACGCCCGCCCUGUACGACGAGGACGACGGGAACGACACUUCCAGCAAUAUGUUCGAGCAGCCCGACUGGCAAGUGGCGCUGUGGGCCGUCGCCUACAGUCUGGUCGUGCUGGUGUCCGUCGUGGGCAACCUGACGGUCAUCUGGAUCAUCGUGGCGCACAAGCGCAUGAGGACGGUCACCAACUACUUCAUCGUCAACCUCGCCUUCUCCGACGCCUCCAUGGCCACUUUCAACACGGUCUUCAACUUCGUCUACGCCGUCCACAACGACUGGUACUUCGGCUUAGGAUACUGCAAGUUUCAGAACUUCUUCCCCAUCACGGCUGUGUUCUCCAGCAUCUACUCCAUGGCAGCGAUCGCCGUAGACAGAUACAUGGCCAUUAUCCACCCUCUCAAGUCAAGACUCUCCUCCACCACCACUAAAGUAGUGAUUGCUGUCAUCUGGGCUGUGGCUUUCUCCCUGGCCUUCCCUCAGUGUUUCUAUUCCAGCACUAAAUUCUACUCUCACCGCACUGUCUGCAUGGUGGAAUGGCCUGAUGACUACGGAGGGAAGCACCAGCUCUCGUACCAGAUUGCUGUGAUUAUCCUGAUCUACUUGCUCCCCCUGCUGGUGAUGCUGGUGACCUACAGCCUGGUGGGCCAGCGCCUAUGGGGCAGCAAAAUCCCUGGCGAAGCUUCAGAUCACUAUCAGCACCAGAUACAGGCAAAGCGCAAGGUGGUGAAGAUGAUGAUAGUGGUGGUGAUGACCUUUGCUAUAUGCUGGCUACCCUAUCACAUCUACUUCAUACUGGGCAGCUUCAAGAGGGACAUUUACAACCAGCAUUACAUCCAGCAGGUCUACUUGGCCAUCUUCUGGUUGGCUAUGAGUUCCACCAUGUACAACCCCAUCAUAUACUGCUGUCUGAACCAAAGAUUCCGGUCAGGAUUCCGGCAAGCAUUCCGUUGGUGUCCACUCGUCAAGGUCUCAGAGGAGGACAACAUGGAGCUGCAGCGCAUGAGAACCUUCCGGACCACCCGCAGCUAUCGCACGGAGACCACCAGCAUGAUGUCCCGGAACCAUGCUAAUGCUCUGGAGGACGCCACGCCCAAGCUGAUCAAAUCCUAGGUUCACUUGAAUGAAGACUCCAGACAGCUCAGAGUGAGAGAGGGACCUCCUGCAGCCUGGCACACUCACAUCACCACCAAAUACCUCACUAAGGAGUUUGAACGCUGCUCCUGUUGAGUUCUAUAGGGCUGUUGUUCAGCUGGAGUAGAAGGGUACUCCCAUGGCAUAAGCACUAAGUCUUAAUUGUCACUGUUCUUUGUUGUGGUUGGUUAUUUUAAGUGUGCCACCUGGUUUUGUCGAUCAUUAUGUGCGAAUAGGUGAAUUGCUCAAGCUGUAAAUACUGCCUCAGUGUGAGGUGGCAGCUCUCAUUAUAAAAAGCAACUGCUUGAGAGGUGAGAUGUGAAGAUCCAGUAGAUCAAACACCUCUUAACAGUUUUUUUAGCCAGGCAUCUGUGCCUCAGGUCAAGUAUUGCUAUAAAGCAGGACAAGGCAACACGUAGUGUAGAUACAUUUACAAUGGUGUUAGGUUGACAGUGUAAGGGAAAGGAGGAGGAAAAGGGAUCGCUUGAUGUAGAUGAAACUGCUCUUUGUGAGUUUAUAACACCUGAAGUAAGUGCUCAUAUAGGCCAAAGCUCACUGCAAUUGUACAUACAGUGUCGUCUGUGACUGUCUGAACAGUAUUUCAAUUGUGUUGUUGUGGUGUUGGACUCCAACACCUUGAAUUUGAAAUUAAUCAGUGACUGUGCAGAAUUUCAGCUUUAAUUUGAUCAUACAGUAUAUGCAUGUAUAUCGGCUGAACCAUGUAGGAAUUAAAGGCCUUUUUAUCCUUAGUCUUCCCAUUUUAGGAUAAAAUUACCUGGACUGUUUCUUGGCCAGUUGUGUGUGCUUUCUUUAGUUCAUGCAAAAGAGAGCUAACAAAAAAGUCUGUUAUCAUUGCUUCAGUGGCAGUAAAGCAGGUCAUCCUGAAGCUGAAAUAAGCAGAAUUAAUCAAUCAGCCAAAAUAUUAAACAUGUUAAUAGAUGAUUAUGAAGCUAGAACAUAUUGGUAAGUUCAGCAUUGGCAAAACAAGUUGACCGCAGUAAUGGAUGAUUGAAGAAUCAUGAAGAACAAAAACCCAUUUCAGCUGUCAAACAGAUCAAGAGCGCCUCUCAGAGAUGUGUCAAAGAACACCACAGAGAGAAGAACACACAAGCAGGACACCAGGGGUUUAUCACAACAUGCAUAUGCCUUUAGAACAGAAAGGCUUGGGUACUCUUCGCUUGAGACAAAGUUAGAUGGACAGAUGGGGACUGACAGAGUGUCAGAGUGAUGAAAUGAGGAAAGUAAGGAAGAAAAAGGAACUGCUUCAGCUGUGAAACCCGUCGGGCUUCUUCACUGAAGAUGAAUUCCAAACUGCACAGUAAGGCUUAUAAGUUAAGUGAUACUUUUUUAAUCCCACAAACGGGGAAAUUCCACCUCCGCAUUUAACCCAUCCGUGAAGUGAAACACCACAUACACACUAGUGAAUACAC